AUGCCCAUCAAUGAGCCGGGCGGGAGGAGGGGCGUCGGAAGGAGAGUUCAGGUCACUAGUGACAACAGGCUUGAGUUGGGACACAUGGAAUGUGGGAUAGAUCUAAAGGGCAGGAGGCAGUUUCAGACGGACAACGGACUGAUUGAUGAUCCUGUCGACUUCGUAGGGAUCGAUAUAGCAAGCCAGCUUCUUGGAUGGGACGUUAAGUGGAAUGUCCUUGGCCAGCAACCACACCUUCUGGCCUGGAAUGAAAGCAGGAGCCGGCACCCUAUGGCUGCCAUCCUCCGAUUCCUUUCACAAGUACGCAGGAGCGCAGCACGUUUCUCUCUCCAAACCCUUGUUGUACUGGACCAAGGGAACCGAAAUCGCCACCUCCUGGACUGGGAAAAAGAGGAGGUUGAUAACCCAGGGACGACUCGAAUGAAGAUUUACCUGUGGCAGAACAGUCACAAUGAGCGAAAGGUGACCUGCAAGCAUCCGGUGUCAGGCGUCCCCUCCCAAGACAACUGCAUCUUUGUCGUAAAUGAACAUGUGACUUGUGGAAAACUUUUUCACCCUGACAAGCCCACAGAGGCUCUCAGCAGGCCGGCUCCCAAGGCUUCGUCAGAACAGGGCAGUACCAGUGACAAGAAAGAACGUCCAAUGAGCACCAUGAGCGAGGCAUCAAACUACACGGGAGGCUCAGACUACAGCACUUUCCCUGGCAGCCCGGCCACUACUGUCACUACUGCCACCACCACCUCCACCUCAUCCACACGGCCCUCUAGGUCUUCCAAAAAAGUUCACAACUUUGGAAAGAGGUCCAACUCCAUCAAGAGGAACCCUAAUGCCCCGGUGGUGAAGAGCAGCUGGCUUUACAAACAGGACAGCACAGGCAUGAAGCUGUGGAAGAAGAGAUGGUUCGUUCUCUCUGACAUGUGUCUCUUCUACUACCGCGAUGAAAAAGAGGAUAACAUCCUGGGAAGUAUCCUGCUGCCAAGCUUUCACAUCUCCAUGUUGUCUGUGGAUGACCACAUCAGCAGGAAAUAUGCCUUCAAGGCCACGCACCCCAACAUGCGGACAUAUUAUUUCUGCACUGACACCGCCAAAGAGAUGGAGUCGUGGAUGAAAGUGAUGACAGAUGCUGCCCUCGUCCACACUGAACCAGUCAGAAGACUGGACAAGUUGAAAGUAGAUCAGCGGACUCCUCAGGAGCUGAACAACUUGCUGAACCACCGAGUCCUAACCCGGCCCGAGAUCCAGAACAACGAACGCAACCGUGAGCCCUUGCGACAACACUCCCUGUCUCGAGUGGACGACAAACGGCGAAUAGACCUGGAGAAACACAACUGCCAGCGAGAGCGUGAGUACUACACCUUACAGAGAGACGGGGAGAAGUACUCGCUGAAGAAAGAUGGCAUCAGCUACAUGCUUCAGAAGGAUGGAGAGAAGUACCUCCUCCACAAGGAUGGAGAGAAGUACAUGCUGCAAAAAGACGAGGAGAAACCCUCGCUGCAGAAAGACGAAAGUAUGUACACAAUUCACAGGGAUCUGGAGAAGUAUGCCGUUCAGAAAGUGGAGGAAAAAUGCACUGUGACGCCAACAGAGGAGAAAUAUGCUCCGUCUAAAGAUGGAGAAAAGUACCUGCUCACAAAGGACGGAGAAAAAUAUGCACUGCAGAAAGUAGGAGACAGGCACACACUUCAGAAAGAUGGACAGACAUACGUUCCACAGAAGGAGGUAAAGAGACAGCUGUCCCUAAAGGAGACAGAGAGGUACGGCACAAUAAGGGAGGCGGACAGUAAAUAUGGUACCAUCCAGGUUGUGGACAAAUAUGGCACGCUGAAGGAAGUGAGGAAAUACAGUACGCUACGAGAGGGGGAUAAAUACGCUACUCUCAGAGACGCAGGGAAGUAUGCCACAGUCCGAAGCGGGGACAAAUAUGGUCUCCAGAGGGAUCCGAGUGCAGAGAGGUCUCUUACUAAAAUAAGCAGCAUCAAGCUGCAACCGGCUCAGGCUGCCGCCAUCGCAGCCGCAGUGUCUGCAUCUCGCCAGGGCCAGGCCAACCUUACUGUCCAAAACACUGCACAAGUCAAUGGCUCGGGGUCCACAGCGGGGGAGCAGACAGGAGACUACAGCCCUGCAGAGGUGGACAGCAGCCUGGCCAUGGCUCCGGGAAAAACUCCUGCUCCGGUCCAGGAGACAGAGAGAGGCCUGUCCAGGACCAACUCCAUGCAGCAGCUGGAACACUGGGUCCGCACACACCGGACCAGAGGACUGGAUGAUGACACCAGAAGUGUCACGUCCUAUCAGACCUUACCCAGGAACAUGCCCAGCCACCGUGCUCAGAUCGUGCCCCGCUACCCAGAGGGCUACCGCACAAUGCCCCGCAACAGCAUGAUGAGGCCCGACAGCAUCUGCAGUGUGGCGGGCUCUGUGUACGACCGCGCCCUCCGCCCCGCCUCCACUUCCACCAUCAGCACGGCUGAGAAGAGACGGUCGAUGAGGGAUGACACUAUGUGGCAGCUGUACGAGUGGCAGCAGAGACAGGCCUUCUCCAGGCAGAGUCUGGCUCAGCCAACAGCUGUGAGUCACUAUGGCACCCUGCCCAGCACCAAGACCAUGGGGAACAUUUCUGAACACACUGUGGCACACUCCAUCCCCACCUCACCGUCUCACGGCUCCCUGGCUCUCUACAGCACCUUCUCCCCUCCUCGCCAGCAGGUCGCUCACAACCCGAGCAGCACCCACUCCGAGGUGUCCUCACCCGUCUUCAGAGGGGACGUGACGCUGGACCACCGGCACAGGCCACACCUCCCCAAGUACGGCUAUCCAUCUGACCGACGAUCUAUCGCAGCUGGUGUCCCUCCUCCGAACAUUACUGCACAGUCGUUGCAAGGCAAGACGCCCGAGGAGCUGACCCUGCUCCUGAUCAAGCUCCGCCGGCAGCAGGCGGAGCUCAACAGCCUGCGGGAACACACAGUAGCUCAGCUAAUGGCCCUGGGUUUGGAGGGGCCCAACGCUAAGACUGAUGUUCUUUCUCAUCACCUUCAGAGGAACCUUAUUUACCUAGAGAGCCAGACGAAGGAAAAUGAGCCUCUAAUCUUCAUGAUUCACACUAUGAUCGAGAACUCGGCACCAAGGCCGCAACUCUAUCAGCAAAUCAGUCCAGACGACUACAAAGACAGCUCCUUCAUCCAGCGCACAGAGGAGCCGGACAUAGAUACCAAGCUGAGCAGACUGUGUGAGCAGGACAAAGCAGUGAGGAUGCAGGAGGAUAAACUGCAGCAGCUACACAGAGAGAAGCACACUCUGGAGACAGCCCUGCUGUCUGCCAGUCAGGAGUUGAGUGAACAGAGCGGUUCCAACCCUGCAGCCACACAGAGCCUGGUCCAGCAGAGAGACGUGUUGCAGAACGGCCUGCUCAGCACCUGCAGAGAGCUGUCCAGAGUCAACAGCGAGUUGGAGCGUUCCUGGAGGGAGUACGACAGGUUGGGGGCAGAUGUCACUCUGGCCAAGUCCAACUUGCUGGAGCAGCUGGAGGCAUUGGGUAGCCCACAGACAGAGCCUCCAAGCCAGCGGCACAUCCAGAUCCAGAAGGAGCUGUGGAGGAUCCAGGACGUGAUGGAGGCUCUGGCCAAAAACAAACCACAGCGGAGCAUAGACAGCACAGGGUUACCUGGUUCCAAACCGCUCUCCAGCCUACAGAAGAAUGAGCAAGCUCCAGACUACCGGCUGUAUAAGAGCGAGCCUGAGCUGACCACGGUAAAGGAAGAAGUAGACGAGGCCAACACCGAGGACAAGGACAAGACGGAGACCUCAAAUGAGAGUAAGGACACUGCAGCUUCAAAAGUGCCCCCCUACCCAGUGGGCAUCAUUCCUCCUCGGACCAAAUCUCCCAUGAGCCCUCCAGAGUCCUCCACCAUCGCCUCCUAUGUCACCCUGAGGAAGACCAAGAAGUCUGAAUCCAGAUCAGAGCGUCCGAGGAGUGCCGUGGAUCAGACGGGAUUUGGGGAACGAGAGCUGGGCAGAACGAGGAUGAGUGUGGAGGAGCAGCUGGAGAGGAUGAGAAGAAACCAGGAGGCCUCGUCGCUCCGAGAGAAGAAGAGAGAAACCCCAUCCCGCUCACCCUCCUUCAGCAAAGACAACCCUUUUGUUAUUCAGCAGAGUCGGAUCCAUGCGGAGGGGGCCUGUGCAGACCCUGUGGAGCUGGAGGCAGCUCUGCAGCAGCUGAAGGUGUCUCAUAUGGAGCAGAGUAGGACAGCUGCUGAGGCUGCAGCAAAGGACCUGCAGAGAGCAGAGGAGGUGAAGGAUGACAAGUGUGAGGAGGUGCAGGGGGACAAGGACGUGACCCUGCCAAGUGUCAACAAGCUACAGACGGAGACCAACAGGACAGACAAUGAGCUGUGUGAAAGCCAGAGGGUGGUGAUUCUUGACCUGGGCACAGAGCCACAGCAUGUGGAGAUUGUAAACCUGCAGCCAUUUGAGGAUGACGAAAGCAGAGAGCAAGAUCUGACCAGCUCGCCAACAAACACCACCACUGAAAACAGCUUCCAGACUCCUGAGCCGGAGACGCCGAGCCCGGAGCCGAGGGAGGAGGAAGCAGAUGUGAUGCAACAAACCACCAGAGAGGAGAAGCUGGAGAAGAGACUGGACUCUUCCAACCAGCUGACAUCAGACGACAAGAAACACAAUAACAACAACAACAACAUGUUGGCUUACGUUCACCUUGGUGAGAAGCGACACGUGAGCUACGCCAGCCUCAACAUCCACACUGGCAUCCUGUAAAGCCCAAAUGUAGCUUGCCUGCGUAGAGCAUGCUCCACGGCUUCCUGCGUUUACAACGGGACUACUUUGAUACUACUGUUCCAUGCCCACAAGGAGACUGAGAGCGAGAGGAUGACAGCCCCGCUAACUGACUGACAUCACAGACGGGACGCUGUCACAUCCACACAGACAGAGAGGCAGAUAUACUGUAUCUUUAGCACCUGUUAAAUCUGUCCAUACUGGCGUGUCCCUGAACAAAACACAUUCUAUGGAGUCCGAUUGUCUCAAAACUUUUGUGCAUAACAGUAAGAUUGUGAAAUGGUGAUUACUCAAACAACCUGACUUACAUGAUAGUCAUCACUUCACUCCUGACAGUGUUUGUUGUAUAGAAAGGCUGAACGUCUUUUAAAAAACAAUUGUUUUUAGAGUUUUAUCUGUUGAUUCAGUUUUAAAUUGGGUAGGCCUCUUGAACACUAUUUUAACACUAACUCAAAUGAACACCUGGUGGCAGCCCAGUACAACCACAGACACAAGCAGCCAAGACGGACUAUGUCUCCACAGACUGGAUUAACAACAGCAUGUUAGCAAAGCAGCCGCUUCAAUACUCACUCUGCUUCUACUCAGCAUGCACUCAGGCACAGUACUGAGGGUAGGUCAUCCUUGUUUUGCAGCAAUCAAAGCCCAACACAUAGUUACUGUAAUUAUAAACAGGCUGUGAAAAUAUGCUUCAAAUCACGGCUCUACACGUGUAACAUGUGGACAGUGGUUCUCAUUUAUCAAUCUAACCUACAAAUCAGCACAAAUUCAAACAGAGAAAUCAUCCUAUGAUAGAGUUUGCGUGUGAUUCAUGAAACAUUCUAAUGAUGCAUAGGAAUGAGUUGCUGUUGAUAAGCAUGGCUGCUGGAAACAAUCAUUGAAAUAUCUCAGUCUGAUAUAUUCUGGGUUUAGAGGCUUCCCCUCGAGACAUGGAGAGGCGUAAUAUCGCCAGGAGGAGAAACAUCUUCCAGCUAGAGAGAGAAAUACUGCUGUCCCUGGUCCAGUUUAACCAACUGGCUCUGUUGGAAAAACACAGUCUGGAAAGAAAUCACUGCCACAGUCUAUGGUGUUGCAGUGGACAAUCUAACUCCAGCUGAGGCAGGGAUAAUUAAUUUAUACAUUCAUGAUAUGUACCGACCUAUGGGCUACAUAUAAUAAUAGCAUCCACCUUUACAUUAUAAAAUACUGAUACUAUGAUAGUAUUCAUAUAAAAGCUUAUAUGUGACCCAGGACAAUGAGCCAGCUAGCAAUUUGUGGUUCCAAAAUUGUUCUGAGAAUGGUACAAUGCAACCAAUGCAAUGUUGUAGAAAUGUUUUCAGCAGCAAGUUUCCUUUUAGUUCCCAGAAUGUUAUUCUUAAAGUGCCAUUCCCUAUAAACAACAAAAAAAUCUUGAUUUUUUUUCACAUUAUAUUUUUAUUUUUUAAAAAAUGGUUUGUAAUC